AUGUUUGCCAACGGAGGGUUAGCACUAAAUAGAACUACCGACGAUAAAGCGGAAGUGAACGGUAAGCAAGUCUCUAACGGCAAAGAGGAAGUUCUCGACGAUGGCGAGGAGGUCGAUGCCGUGCAGGAAGCAAUCGGGAAUCUUGGCAGAUGGCAAAUUUUCGUGUGUCUGGCGAUCUCGUUGGUCAAGUUCCCGAUCGCUUGGCACCAACUCGCGAUCGUCUUCAUGGCGCCACAUCAACAGUACAACUGUACCGCGCCGGCACGCACAGAAUUUUCUGACCAGUGCAUAGUCAAUGUCAAUGGUACACUGGCGGAAUGCACCGAGUGGGAAUAUGAUAGAAGCACGUUUUCCGAGACGGUUAUAUCGCAGUGGAACUUAGUAUGCAGUCGAACGCAUUACGCCAAUAUCCAGCAAUCUAUUUUGAUGUUCGGCGUGCUUUUGGGCAAUAUUAUAUUUGGCAAUCUAGCAGAUAGAUAUGGCAGAAAGGUGCCGUUGAUCGUAUCCGUUGUUCUCCAACUGGUUUCCGGCAUUGGCUGCGCCGUUGUGCCGUGGUUUCCUGCGUUAUUGCUGAUGAAAUUACUUAGCGCUUUGGCCACUGGCGGCACGAUGGUCACUAGUUACGUCAUUUGUAUGGAGAUCGUUGGUACACAAUGGAGGGCGGCCAUCACUGUGCUUUAUCAAAUUCCAUUUAGUUUGGGCCACAUGUCAUUGGCUGGUCUUGCAUUUUUAUUCCGCCACUGGCAACACCUUCAAAUCGCAAUUACUCUACCUUCUGUAAUUCUCCUGAGCUACUGGUGGAUUGUACCUGAAUCUCCAAGGUGGUUGCUGGCGUUAGGCAAACAACGCGCAGCUUGUAAAAUCCUGCAAAAGGCGGCUAAUAUUAAUAAGAUACAAAACAAGGACAUUCCAGAGCUGGUCAGGCAGCAUUGCUUGCAUCAGAAUUCCAAGCGAUCAGCAUCUGAUGACAAAGCAUCAUUCCUGGAUCUCUUCCGUACCCCGAACAUGAGGAUAAAGUCUUUGUCGAUCUUCUUCAAUUGGGUCGUCUGUGGAAUGGGAUUGUUCGGAAUGUCUCAAUACAUAGGGCAAGUUGGUGGCAACAUCUUCCUGAAUUUCACAGUUUCUGGAGCAAUACAGGUACCUGGAAACUUCGUUGCUUGGUGGGCAAUGAACAGGUUGGGCAGAAGGAUCACGUUGAUCUCUAGCAACACAAUUACUGGCAUCUCUGCCCUUUUACUUAUCGUAGUUUCAAAUGAUAUCGAAUGGCUGCGAUUAAUUCUAGUCUGUAUUGGCAUCGUUGGCAUGUCGGUUUCCUUCACAACGGUUUACCUGUUUUCCGGUGAGCUGUUCCCCACGGUUGUUCGAAAUAUUGGUGUGGGCACCAGCAGUAUGUGUGCGAGAAUUGGUUCCAUUACGGCGCCUUUCGUCGUAUCUUUGGAUCACAUUCAAACGUGGCUACCACCGGCGUUCUUUGGAAUCUUGCCACUCAUUGGUGCCGCGUUGUGUCUCUUCUUGCCAGAAACCGUUGGUUGCACGCUUCCGGAGACGCUUCAAGAUGGCGAGGAAUUCGGGAAGAAAGCGCAUAAGAUAAAGAAGAAACCGAAGGACAUCGAAGCAGAAGCGUCACUUUGAACGAAAAUCAAUGGCCACAUAAAUAAGUGUUUGCGAGACAAACAAUACCGCGACGAAAAAAUUACUGAAAUUGAGAUUAUCGAUUUUCAUACAGUAAUUAGAUGUACAUAUAAGUAAUACUGCGAUCAUUCCGUGUUCUUAUUUAUUACAUUACAUCCACGAUUUUUAAUGGCGUCCGAGGAAUCACUGUUUCCUCUUCAUACAGAUUUUGGAGCAUGUCGAUUUCGUGUUCCAGCAAUAUUCGCUGCUCAUUCGUGUCUAAUGAACUCAAUCGUUGUAUUUGUGCAUGAUAAUGGUACAUUCUUAGUUAAGAUGGAAUUCCAUCGGAUGAUUCGACCCGCUGGAAAAAUAUUUUUGAUACCGACGUUUACAAGGAAAUUAAGAAUGUUACCUACUGCCAAAUAACUGUUGUAAAGCAAGUGCCUUGUAUUA